GCGAUUGCUUCGACUCGAGGUCAUGUCGCUGCGUCACAAGCUCGACGUGUACCAUGAAGUCGUCGCGCCAACAGCUCCGCAACAGCAACCCGACGGGGUGGCUGUCGCCCAGAUCGUCGAGAACCGGCUCAAGGCGUUCAACGUCUCCAUCUCGGCAUUCAUCUACAAGUGCCACGCCAAGGGUGAAGGAACAGCAGUUGUCGGCUGCCGAAAAAAAGUGCGGAAGAGCGAGCAAACUACGCUCAGUGACAUGAAGACACGCCUUGCAAUCGUCAUGCACGUUGCGCAGAUGGACAUCAACGUUCGGCCGCAGCCUCCGUCAAGCGAUCGAGUCGCUCGCCGCACGUGGAAAUCUUCCAUUCAACAGCUCGGCGAACUCAUGGAGACUGCCUUCAAUGCCAACAUGCACGCUCUGGAUGGCAAGAACGCGACCAAGAAGAUCCAGGGCGUCCGCAAGCGGUACAGCUCGCUCAUGCUCAGCAAUUUGCCGGCUGGACACAAGAUGUACUUGGCCACCUACAACAGAAUCCAAGCCAAGAAGCUGCAGGACAACGAGACUCCAACUGAAGUUUUCGUGCUCCCAAAGUUCGUCAGCGCUGGUCUAGCUGGUUGCGAUCCCGAACUGUAG